CGUCCCCAUUUGCCUGUAGCCGUCUGAGCGUUCGUGUGAGGUUCUGGAGGACUCUCUCGAUGUAUGUGUAAUAAGUUAGUACAGAAAGUAAACAAAAAUGGUGUCUGGGACAGAAAAAGCAGAUGAUGUUGAAAGAGAUGAAGUGCACGGGGCAACAAAUGGUUUUGCCGCUGCAACAGAUGGAUUGUGCAAAACGAAUGACUCGUUGUGCAAUGGCGUUUCUCCUUUCGUUUCUCUAAAAAACAAAAUAAACAAUCGUGUGCAAUCAAAGGAUCCAUGGUUUUCACUGGAAUUCUUUCCUCCACGAACAGAAAAAGGGGCUGCAAAUCUCAUUGGAAGGUUGGAUCGUAUGAGGGACGGAAAUCCUUUAUUUAUUGACAUAACUUGGCAUCCUGCUGGCGACCCCGGUGGUGAUAAAAUAACAUCCUCAACCAAAAUUGCAGGGACAAUUCUAAAUUAUUGUGGCAUUGAUACAAUGCUACAUAUGACAUGUUGCAAUCAAACUAGAGAAACAAUCAUGAAAAAUCUAGAAAAAACUAAAUCAUUGGGAAUCAGAAGCAUACUAGCCUUGAGAGGAGAUUCAACAGGCGACGAAUGGGAAAUGAAUGAAAAUGGGUUGAAUUAUAGUUCUGAUUUAGUGGAACUUAUCCGUCAAGAAUAUGGUGAUUAUUUCAGCAUCUGUGUUGCAGGUUAUCCUAAAGGUCAUCCGGAUUGUUCAUCAUAUAAAGACGAUUUAGUCAAUCUCAAGAAAAAAGUAGAUGCUGGUGCAGAUUUCAUUAUAACUCAGUUAUUUUUCCAAGCUGAGGAAUUCUUAAAAUUUCAGUCAGAUUGCAGAAAAAUUGGAAUUCAAUGUCCUAUUAUCCCUGGAAUUUUUCCGAUUCAGACGAACAGAUCUCUUGUUCAACUGACAAAAUUAUCGAAACUUGAAGUCCCUGAGGAUGUGCAGAAAAUUAUUGAACCAAUAAAAGAUAAUGAUGCAGCUAUUCGAAACUUCGGGAUUGAUUAUGCUACUGACAUGUGUCGUGAACUUCUGAACUCUGGGGAAGUUUGGGGUUUUCAUAUGUAUACUCUCAACCUUGAAACUGCAACAAUAAGCAUUCUGGAAAAUUUAGGGCUGUGGCAACAAAAGAUAUCUAGGCCAUUACCUUGGAAAAUAUCUGGCAACCAUGAACGGCAAGCCAAUGAACAAGUCAGACCUAUAUUUUGGGGAACAAGACCAAAGAGUUAUAUCCAUCGUACGCAGGAUUGGGAUGAAUUUCCCAAUGGACGAUGGGGAGAUUCGGCCAAUCCAGCUUUUGGUGAUUUGAAAGAUUAUCAUUUGUUUUAUCUCCGAUCACGAACCCCGAAAGAAAAAUUACGUCAGCAAUGGGGAGAAAAAUUAGAAUCUGAAUCAGAUGUAUGGAAGGUCUUUUCUCAGUUUUUGUCGGGAGAGAAAAAUGAGAAAGGAAUCCCGAUUAAGGAAACUCCAUGGAAUGAUGACGGCAUUGCAAAAGAAACUGAUACAAUGAAAGAUUUUCUUACAAAGUACAAUGCAUUGGGUAUUUUGACGAUCAAUUCUCAGCCAAACAUCAACGCAGUUUCUUCAACUCAUCCUGUAUUUGGAUGGGGAGAUGAAGGUGGAUAUCUGUUUCAGAAGGCGUAUCUCGAGUUUUUUAUUAAACGUGAAUACGCUGAAGCAUUGAAGAAAAUUUUACCGAAAUAUGAACCAAGGGUUAAUUAUCACAUGAUAAAUAGAGAGGGGAAUGAGGAUUAUACCAACGCUGAUAGACAGACUCCUAAUGCAGUAACUUGGGGAAUAUUUGCAGGAAAAGAAAUUAUCCAACCCACAGUUGUGGAUCCAGUCAGUUUUAUUUGUUGGAAGGAUGAAGCCUUUGGUCUAUGGAUAGAAAAGUGGGCAAAACUUUAUGAACCAGAGACCAAGUCACGAGCAGUGAUAGAAAACAUUUGCAACCAGUACUACCUUGUCAAUCUUGUUGAUAACGACUUUCCGAAAGAUUCAAUUUUGUGGACGGUACUUGAUGAGAUGUUAAAGACAGCCGGUGUUAAGUUUUAACUCUAAAUUUAUUUGCUCUUGUUUUAUAAAUCAAAAAUGAUUUCCGAUGUUUUUUUUUAUUUUUGUGUUGUAUGAUUUGUGCCUUUUUGUGCCAUUAAGAUGUUUUAAUCUUUGCCUAAUUUUACAAGUUUCAUAUAGUUCCAUGCAUUAUAUUACAUUAUGAAGCACUUUUUCCAUAUUAACCAGGACUUAACUUGUUAUUUAUUCGAAGAUUUAGGUGUAUUACAAAUAUAUCAUGAAGUAAUAUGUGUUGACAGUUUGGCUAUGACUUGUUUCAUCACAGCACAAUUGACAUUGGUGUAUUUUUUCUAUCACUAACCAUUGAUUUAUUUGCCUAAAAUUCUAAACCAUCAUGAGCAGAUGUAACAAUAAGCUCAGUCUAUACAAAGAAUUUGCCCAUAUCGUCAACAAAUAAUUAAAAAAAAAAUAAAAAAAAUAUGCACACAUGUAUAUAUAAGAGGAAUAUUUCAACAUGACAUCUUAUUAAUUAACAUAUUUGCGUUACUAGAUCAUUACUUCCCUUUAUGGAUGAACUCAAUACUAUUGUUUAGUAAUUUGUCGCUGUCUUGUCUGUUAGUAAAAAUAAUAUUGCUAAUUGCUUCCAUACGUAUGUUAGGAAAUGCCUUUUUGCUGUUUGAAUUAUAUGUUGCCAUAUUGUUCUGUGAACUAAAUAAAAGUGUUUUAAUGCUUGACUGA